CUCGCGCGGGGGAGGGGAAGAGCGCGGAGCCCGUGAGCCACCCGGCCCCGGCGGAAAGUUUUCCCUGUCGGAGUUUUGGCUGCGGCGGCGGCGGCGGCGGCGGCGGCCCGAGCGGCUAUGGACGCACUCAAGUCCGCCGGGCGGGCGCUGAUCAGGAGCCCCAGCCUCGCCAAGCAGAGCUGGGGGGGCGGCGGCCGGCACCGGAAGCUGCCCGAGAACUGGACAGACACUCGGGAGACGCUGCUCGAGGGCAUGCUCUUCAGCCUCAAGUACCUGGGCAUGACGCUGGUGGAGCAGCCCAAGGGUGAGGAGCUGUCGGCCGCCGCCGUCAAGAGGAUCGUGGCCACGGCCAAGGCCAGUGGGAAGAAGCUGCAGAAGGUGACUCUCAAGGUGUCGCCACGGGGGAUCAUCCUGACCGACAACAUCACCAACCAGCUCAUUGAGAACGUGUCCAUUUACAGAAUCUCCUACUGCACAGCAGACAAGAUGCAUGACAAAGUGUUUGCGUACAUCGCACAGAGCCAGCACAACGAGAAUCUUGAGUGCCACGCUUUCCUCUGCACCAAGCGGAAGAUGGCCCAGGCUGUCACCCUCACAGUAGCCCAGGCCUUCAAAGUUGCUUUUGAGUUUUGGCAGGUAUCCAAGGAAGAGAAGGAGAAGAGGGAGAAAACCAGCGAAGACGGAGGGGACAUCCUGGCGGGGGGCCGCCGAGACAGCACCCCUUCGCUGAAGAGCCUGGUCGCCACUGGGAACCUGCUGGACCUGGAAGAGACAGCCAAGGCCCCACUGUCCACGGUCAGUGCUAACACCGCUAACAUGGACGAGGCACCGCGACCUCAAGCCUUAAACAGCAGCAGCGUUGUCUGGGAGCUGGAUGAUGGCCUGGAUGAAGCAUUUUCAAGGCUUGCCCAAUCUCGGACGAACCCUCAGGUCCUGGACACUGGACUGACAGCACAGGACAUUCAUUACGCCCAGUGCCUCUCUCCUGUCGACUGGGACAAGCCUGACAGCGGUGGCGCCGAGCCGGAUGACCUCUUCAACUUCUGAGGCCUGGGGCUGGCGGGACACGUGACAAACCAAAGCCACCCACGUCGGGGGCGGGGGCCAGCUCCAGGACCCCCAGCCAGUGUCCUUCAGUCGGCAGCGCUGUCAGUCUGCAGAUGAGAGCUGCAACCAGUCAAGCAGAGGGAAGGAGAGAUUCUUUUUUAACCCAGUUCUUUCUCUGAGAACUGAAAGUUGCCUUGAAUAUUUAUUCAGUGACUCCUGGUUCAACUCAGAAGCUGGUUGUGCAUCAGGCGCGAGCGCAGUGUUAUAACCAGCUUUCUGCCCUCUCUUGAGCGAGCUCUGCUCCACUGUGGGUGUCAGGAUGGUGGCCAAAGCAUUUCUUGUCCCUUCUCUUCAAGGGCCCAGAUUUCCCUGGAGGUGCCCUUGCUCCUUACUGAAAGUAGUCGGAUCGUUCAUUUCUGUCAUCCUUUGAGCACAGGAGGGCGACACAGCCGCGGGAGGAGACUGUGACAUCCAGCCCGCCUUCCGUGGGGGGCCCAGCGGGCCGGGGCUUGGGCUCCUGGCCCUGGGGGCUCUCAGAGACAGAGGGGCAGCCCCUGACCAAAGACAACACGUGGCAGGCACUUUAAAGCACACACAGCAGGUGUGGCCCCCAGCUCCUCGACGGUGCUGCGUUGCGUAGAGCUUUCUUUCUGCCCUUCUUCCGAGAGACGAGGCCCAAAGUCCCCGGCGGUGCUUGGAACCGGUGUAACUGGCUGCCCUGGACUCCCAGAGUCUGCCUGCCGCGGUGGGGUCAUCUGUGUGACCACCUCCUGCAGAGCUCCCAUCCCGCCCUUCCCCCUCCACGUGGAUGAAGUUUUCCCGCGCCGCUCUUUGGUCUGAGCCCCACCUCCCCGUACUUCCUGAGAUAGUGCGUGAAACCUAACACCUAGAUUUGUUUGCGAAUGUUUGGUUGCCAGUUUCUAGAUGAGGAAACUGAGACCACGCGCGUGGAAGGGGUAGAGUCAGGAGUAGAACCCAGAUCUGGUGCCAAAGCUGCCUUCUCACCCACACCUCUCACAACUCGCACCUCCUUUUUUCUAGCUUUGUUGUCCUCCCAGGAACCAAAAAGCCCCAGCUAUUUUCUGACCAAAAUGUGUUUCAUAACAAACCAUCUGGUGCCUUUACUCACGUAACUGGCAUGAGCCUGUGUGCCCUGCUAGCUGUCUCGCUGUUGAUUUCUGUGGAAAUGGAAGUGUUUGAAGUCUGCUAAUUCAGAGGGUGAAACAGAACCAAACUUCAUAAGCAUCACGCUGUUCCUUCCUGAUGCUCCGACCCCAGGUCGGGGACGUACCAGCAGCAACCUGCCUUCAGAGUCUCCCCUCCUCUCCUUUCACCCCCAUGGGGCUCCCAGCAAAGCCGCCAGCACCUUCUUCAUCCUCGGGUGCCUCCCAGGCCUGGCUUUACCAAGCUUAAGUCUCUGGUGAUAGUCGGAGCAGGUUUCACCAGCCCAGGAAACACACCGUUUCUUAGAAUCUACGUAUCUAACUAAGCAUCUGAAUCAAAACACAGAGACAGGAGUGCCUGGGUGAGAGGUGGGGUGGGAUUGCCUUUAUCAAAAUGUAAAGAUAACUUCCGUUCCCUGGCCCAGCUCCUGCACCCCCGCUGCCCACCCCAGAUCUCCUUGGUAUCAGCCCCUGUAUUUGUCAUGAGGCAACAGGGCUUGGACCUGACACAGGCCACCCUUGGCACGAGAGUCCAGGAGACCUGAGAAAGGCUGUGCUGUGUUUGUGUGAGUCUCCAUGGGGCCUUCAUCUGGUCUCUGGCCAACAGUGGUCAGUGUGCUCCCCUUGUGUCUACAAAUAAGUUUUGUUGUGCUUUACUUUGUGUUGCUGUAAAGGAAGUUCUAAUGAGGAAAAAAAUAAGUAAUAAAUGUUCUCUUUUUGAAA